AAAUAAAACAUAAAGCCGGGGGCCAUCUUUGCUCCGGGCAGGUCAGCUGACCCGGGCUGGCACAGGCCCUGGCGCAGUUCCCGCCCCUCCCGAGAGCGCUGGCACCGCCCCCUCCCCGCGCCCCCUCCUUCCAGGAAGGGGCGGGGUCUCCUAGACGGGUGGGGCCGGAGCUCGGAGCUGGUUUGAACAAGCCCUGGGCAUGUUUGGCGGGAAGUUGGCUUAGUCGGCUACCUGUGGCCCCGCAGUUUUGUAGUCCCCGCCUUGUUUCUCCCCAGAGGUCUCUCAAUCCUCCCUCCAUGAUCUUCGCAUAGAGCACAGUACCCCUUCGCACGGAGGACGCGAUGGCUCCCAAGAAACGCCCAGAAACCCAGAAGACCUCCGAGAUUGUAUUACGCCCCAGGAACAAGAGGAGCAGGAGUCCCCGGGAGCUGGAGCCCGAGGCCAAGAAGCUCUGUGCGAAGGGCUCCGGUCCUAGCAGAAGAGGUGACUCAGACUGCCUCUGGGCGGGGCUGGCUGGCCCACAGAUCCUGCCGCCAUGCCGCAGCAUCGUCAGGACCCUCCACCAGCAUAAGCUGGGCAGAGCUUCCUGGCCAUCUGUCCAGCAGGGGCUCCAGCAGUCCUUUUUGCACACUCUGGAUUCUUACCGGAUAUUACAAAAGGCUGCCCCCUUUGACAGGAGGGCUACGUCCUUGGCGUGGCACCCGACUCACCCCAGCACUGUGGCUGUGGGUUCCAAAGGGGGAGAUAUCAUGCUCUGGAAUUUUGGCAUCAAGGACAAACCCACCUUCAUCAAAGGGAUUGGAGCUGGAGGGAGCAUCACUGGGCUGAAGUUUAACCCUCUCAAUACCAACCAGUUUUACGCCUCCUCAAUGGAGGGAACAACUAGGCUGCAAGACUUUAAAGGCAACAUUCUACGAGUUUUUGCCAGCUCAGACACCAUCAACAUCUGGUUUUGUAGCCUGGAUGUGUCCGCCAGUAGCCGAAUGGUGGUCACAGGAGACAACGUGGGGAACGUGAUCCUGCUGAACAUGGACGGCAAAGAGCUUUGGAAUCUCAGAAUGCACAAAAAGAAAGUGACGCAUGUGGCCCUGAACCCAUGCUGUGAUUGGUUCCUGGCCACAGCCUCCGUAGAUCAAACAGUGAAAAUCUGGGACCUGCGCCAGGUUAGAGGGAAAGCCAGCUUCCUCUACUCGCUGCCGCACAGGCAUCCUGUCAACGCAGCUUGUUUCAGUCCCGAUGGAGCCCGGCUCCUGACCACGGACCAGAAGAGCGAGAUCCGAAUUUACUCUGCUUCCCAGUGGGACUGCCCCCUGGGCCUGAUCCCGCACCCUCACCGUCACUUCCAGCACCUCACACCCAUCAAGGCAGCCUGGCAUCCUCGCUACAACCUCAUUGUCGUAGGCCGAUACCCAGAUCCUAAUUUCAAAAGUUGUACCCCCUAUGAAAUGAGGACGAUCGAUGUGUUUGAUGGAAACUCAGGGAAGAUGAUGUGUCAGCUCUAUGACCCAGAAUCUUCUGGCAUCAGUUCGCUCAAUGAGUUCAAUCCCAUGGGGGACACGCUGGCCUCUGCAAUGGGUUACCACAUUCUCAUCUGGAGCCAGGAGGAAGCCAGGACCCGGAAAUGAGAGACACUAAAGAAGGUGUGGGCCAGACAAGGCCUUGGAGCCCACACAUGGGAUCAAGUCCUGCGAGCAGAGGUGGCGAUUUGUUAAAGGGCCAGAAGUAUCCACGGCUAGGGUUGGAGCAGAGGUGCUGGGAGCUGGGGCGCUGUGGGACUGGGACACUUUCGUGUUAAUGCUCUGGACCUACCUCCAGAGACUGCUCCAGAGUUGGUGACGCAGCUGCCCCAAGAGCCCCUCUGUAUCUAGCCUGGAACCAAGGUUAUCUUGGAACUAAAUGACUUUUCUCUUCCUCUCAGUGGGUGGUAGCGGAGGGAUCAAGCAGUUAUUUGAUUUCUGCUCACUUUUGAUAUGGCCAAUAAAACCAUACCCGACUGA